AGAGUCCAGUGCGUUCACAAGCAGUUGCGAACAGUAAUGAUCAUGCACCCAGCGUCAUGUUCAGUGUCGGUUUUCCGAGGUACGACGCCAGCCAUCAUCCACCGCCAGCAUUGUUGCCGAACCAGACCACGAAACUAUCUAAAUCAGUGUUCGAGCAAAUCUGCAGAUUAGGGCUCAAAACGACACGCGGACCAAAAUUGACCCUUGUUGACAUCCGGAAAGAGGAAGAUAUCUAGUACCCAAUCAUCCUCCGGAUGUUUCAAUGGAGUUCAAGUGGCGAGUACUCGCCCGAAGUGGACAGCCUUGCGCAGAAGCUCUCUGUCAAAAGGAGGACAAACCGAGGCAACGAUGAGAGUUAUCCCUACAGGAAGGACCAUGAUGAACAUCGGAGCGGCCAAUAUUAUCAAAGCGUCCAGACGACGCACGAGAUGUUCAGACACGAGCUCCUGGUCUACAGAUUCGGCCGUGAGUAUGAUAUGGCCGACUUGCAAUCAUAUGCACGCCAGCGACUGAUUGGAUACUUUCCCAUCUUCAUCGAAGAGAUUCGCCACAUCUUGUCGUCGUUCACCCGAGACGAACUACGCGACCUGGCCAAGCACGAUUCAGACUUUGCGCACUGCCUCAGUGAACGACUCCUGGAGGCAAAAGAUCAGUUCAACAAUACCGACGAUCGCCAGAUGCUGUGUUGCGCUGUCAAUGUCGAGACAGCUUGUCGUUCGGUGGCGGAGCAAGUACUAGGGAUACCUUGGACGACUCUGAUGGAGAAACUCUACGACCAAAGUUCAGAGAUUGUACUUCGAAUCGUGAGAAUGCUCAAUCCAGGGGCUGCGAAGGAGAACAGCAACGGCAAUGGCAAUGGGACAGCUCUGUAUCGUGGUGCUACGAGCAACGUCGACUGGGGACAAAUUGAAAAAGACCUGGCCACCAUUGGCGCUAUCGAAAACGGCCGAGUCAUUAUUGCGACGGAGGCCAUUACUGGAACCCUGAUGGACGCCGCUGACACCGCCAGUUCUUCCAACACCUUCCGAGUCGAGCCCAGCCAGUUUUUGACCGUUCAAGACGAUGCAAAGGGUAGCGGAAAUACUUUGUUAGUCAUGAACAGAUUCGGUAGGUUUGGCACAAUACCGCAGAACUCGGGCAUCAUAAACGUGCGAGAGAUCGCCCGCGCAGGCAUGAAAAGGAAAUCCAGAGACUCCGCCUUUAUCCAGCCUUGGGCCAUUUGGGAUGCGCCACAAAAUGGGCCAUCCGGACCCAAUCCUCAUGUAUCUCCGCCGAUUUCCACAGACCCGAGGCUUCGAAAGCGACGAAGCGAUGGAGAGGCUGGCUCUUCGAGGCUUGGAGAUGCUGCGGAAAACUGAGGGUGGCUGCUCUUCACCAUGUCUGCGUCAGUGGUCUUCACCAGUCUUGCAGAUGAAGCGCUCUGACGCAGGCAUCAUGUCUAUGGCAAUGACGAAUAGUGGUGGGAGUACUUUCGGCGAAUCUCGAUGACUGAGCCUCGAGACGAUAAAACAAGCUCUCCGUACACGCCUUGGCUUGAUACUAUUUUUCGUAUAGAACUGGUGUUUCUCUCCGCCCCGCUGGAGUUCGGCACAGUUGUACAAGUGAGACUCGGCCAAUUGGAAGUAACCUGUACGACCUGCAUGUUUCACAGCUAGAGAGGCACGAUUGCUGCACGGAAGGCUUCUGGUCACUUGUGGUUUGUGCGUGGUGUGCUGAGGAGAAGUGGGGACCGUGAAGCCUACGCAGAAUCGGCAGUUGAUAGUUCUACUCCAAAGGAUUGAUGAAACAUCAUCAUAGGUGCAUCAGAUGGCGGC